AUGGCUCGGCGCGCCGUGCUCGCGGUCGUCGCCCUGUGCACGGUCGUCGGCGGCCUCGUCGCGCCGCCCGCGGCCGUCCGGCGCGCCCGCCGCCACGAGGCCAUCCUCACGGUGGGCACGCCGCUGCGCUGGCCCGACGCCGUGGACAAGCUGGCCUACGUGCGCGAGCACGGCAUCGCCCAGUUCAUCGAGAUGAUGAAGCGGAGCGAUGCGCUCGACCGGUCCGACGAGCUGCUCUGGGGCGACGAGCUCGAGUACGCGGUGCUCCGGGUCCACGACGAUUUCGCGCGCGCGUCGCUCCGGGGCCCGGAGAUCCGCGACUGGCUCAUCGAGAAGGAGGACCUGCACGCCUACCGCACGGAGGGCUGCGCCUGGAUGCCCGAGUACGGCCGCUGGAUGCUCGAGGGCACGCCGCGGCGGCCCUACGGCGGCUACGCCGCGGACUUGGUAAGAGUGGAGAGGAACAUGCGGCUCCGGCGGCGGCGCUUAUUGAGCGCGCUGCGCGACGACGAGAUCUGCCCGACGCUCGUGACCUUCCCGGGCUUCGGCGUCGGCGACUUCUGCGAGCUCGCGGACGGCACCGUGCCGCCGGCCGGCGGCGACGUCGCGCGGUCCGCGACGGUGCCGGACGCGGCGAUCCACCCGCACCCGCGCUUCGCCGCGCUGACGGCGAACAUCCGCGACCGGCGGGGCGACGGCAACGUCCACUUCGCGCCGCCGCGCUUCGUCGACGCGGAGACGCCCGCCGACGCGCCGGCGACGAUCGAGGGCCUGGACGCGAUGGCCUACGGCAUGGGCUGCUGCUGUCUGCAGGUCACCUUCCAGGCGCGCGACGCCACGGAGGCGCGCUACUGCUACGACCAGCUCGCGGCGUUGGCGCCCGUCAUGCUCGCGCUGACGGCCGCGGCGCCCGCGUGGCGCGGCGCGCUCGCCGACAGCGACGCGCGCUGGGACGUCGUCGCGGCGUCCGUCGACGACCGCACGCCGUCGGAAGCGGGCCGGGGCCGGUCGCCGGCGGACCCGCGCCUCGUCGCCGGCGGCACGCGGCCGUUGCCGCGGAGCCGCUACUCGUCGAUCUCGCGGUACGCGUUCGAGUGCGACGCGGGCGGGCAGGUGAAGCGGUUCUGCGACGUCGACGCGCCCGUGGACGCCAAGGCGCUGGAGACGCUGCUGGCGGCGGGCAUCGACGAGGCGCUGGCGCGGCACGUCGCGCACCUCUUCGUGCGCGACCCUUUGGUGCUCUUCGAGGGCAUGGUCGAGGAGCUCGACGACGCCGUCGCGACGGACCACUUCGACAACCUCCAGUCGACGAACUGGAACACGGUGCGCCUCAAGCCGCCCGUCGGGCUGAACCCGGAGGGCGAGCCGGGCUGGCGCACGGAGUUCCGGCCCAUGGAGGUCCAGCUCACGGAUUUCGAGAACGCGGCGUUCUCCGUGUUCACGGUGCUGGUCACGCGCGUCAUCCUCGCCUUCGACCUGUCGCUCUACGUGCCCCUGAGCCGCGUCGACGCGAACAUGCGCCGCGCCCAGCGGCGCGACGCCGUCAACGUCGAGAAGUUCUACUUCCGGCGCCAACUCGCGCCGACGGAGAACGAGCAGAACAAGUUCAACAACUGCUGCGGCGGCGAGGACGACGACGUCUUCGAGGAGAUGACCUGCGCGGAGAUCAUCGACGGCAAGGGCGACUACUUCCCGGGUCUGGCGCCCCUGGCCUACGCCUACCUGGACCACAUCGGCUGCGACCAGGGCACGUUCGCCCGCAUCUCCGACUACAUCGAGCUCGUGCGCAAGAAGGCGCGCGGCGAGGCCUGGACGGGCGCCAAGUGGAUCCGCGAGUUCGUCACGAACCACCCGGAAUACGCGCGGGACAGCGUGAUCUCGCCCAAGGUCGCGCGGGACCUCGCCGUCGCCGCGCACGAGGUCGGCGUCGGCGCGCGCGACGCCAAGGCGCUCACGGGCGGCGUCGCGAUCAAGCCCGUCAGCGCCGACGGCGCCUGGGACACGAGGCUGUCGCCGGACAAGAUCCCCACGGCCGACGAGCGGAAGAAGCUCCUCCUCAAGUACGCGAAGCGCGGGCCCUUCGAGGGCAAGUUCGACCCCGUCUUCUGGAGCUAG